CAGCGUCCCACCGCGCAAACCAAGCCUCGCGGCGCUCAUCAUCAACCGGCCGCGUCUCCAUGGCCUGCAGCGCGCAUGCUCAGCCGGCGUAUGCGCUGGUGGCGCUCGCGGCGCUGGGGCUCAUCGUGUCCGCGCGCGCCGCGGCGCGCCUCGCGCUGUGGCUGUACGCGGCGUUCCUCCGCCCCGCGAGGCCUCUGCGCCGCCGCUACGGCGCGUGGGCCGUCGUCACGGGCGCCACGGACGGCAUCGGCCGCGCGCUCGCCUCCCGCCUCGCCGCGGCCGGGCUCGGCCUCGUCCUCGUCGGCCGCAGCCCCGACAAGCUCGCGACCGUCGCGGCCGAGGUCAAAGCCAGGCACCCCGGCACCCAGGUGCGUACCUUCGUCCUGGACUUCGCCGCCGACGGUCUCGCCGCGAAGGUGGACGCGCUCGGGGAGCUCAUCCGGGACCUCGACGUCGGCGUGCUCGUGAACAACGCCGGCGCGUGCUACCCGUACGCACGCUACUUCCACGAGGUGGACGAGGCGCUGGUGCGGAACAUGGUGCGGGUCAACGUCGAAGCCACCACGCGCGUGACGCACGCUGUGCUCCCCGGCAUGGUGGAGCGCGGGCGCGGCGCCAUUGUGAACAUCGGCUCCGGCAGCGCCUCCGUCUUGCCGUCCUGCCCACUCCACACCGUCUACGCCGCCACCAAGGCGUUCGUUGAUCAGUUCUCUAGAUCCCUCUACGUGGAGUACAAGAGCAAAGGCAUCGAUGUGCAAUGCCAGGCGCCCAUGUACGUGGCGACGAAGAUGGCGUCCAUCAGGAACCCGAGCUUCUUGGCGCCGUCGCCGGAGGCGUACGCCCGUGCCGCCGUCCGCUACAUCGGGUACGAGCCUCGGUGCUCCCCGUACUGGCCGCACGCCGUGUGGAAGCUCGUCUCGAUUUUGCCCGGCUCCGUCGCCGACAGGGUCAUCCUCAGCAUGGCCCUCGACGGCCGCGCCAAGGGGAGGGCCAAGGACGCCAGGAAGAAGAAGCAGUGAAGGUGGUUUGAGACGACACGAAUGGGACGCUCUACAAUAUUCGUAGCAUUCCACCAAUAUCUACAUGAUCCUUGUACGUCGAUAUAUACGUCGUUUGUCUUCUACUCCCUCUAUCCUAAAUUACUAUUCGAUUUGGCUUUUCUAGAGAAUAUCAUAUAUCCAUGUGCAUAUAGAAAAGCCAAAACGGAUAGUAUUUUGGGACGGAGAGAGUGCAUGGUCACCCAUGUGGCCAUGUGAACCAUGGAGGAAAUAAGUGUGAUGGGCACAAGAGUAUUUGCCAUACUGGAUUACUGGUCCUACAAUACAAGUGCCAUGAGUUCAGUCCACAUCCUGCUGGUGUAGGUGAUUCUUAAUCAGAUGGUCAGUCAUCUAAAAUGGUGUAUUGUCGUCCGAAGGCACUUUCCAACAUCACCAGAUGGCGCUUUAAUUUGCACCAAGUAACAUGUACUUUGUAUAACUACUCUCGUUUGUAGGAAGCAAAUAAGGUUGUGUG